AUGGCCGAUGCGUCGGCGUCGCUUCUCGUCAGCCUCGUUGUCGGCGCUGUAGCAGUCCGCCGCCACUUGAGCAGCAGCAAAGUGCGACAGCCCGCGCUCCUCUCUGCUACGCUCCUUGAUCCACUGGUCCACAUCAUCAGCACUGCUGCGCUACUCCCUCUCGUGGUCAUCACUUCUCGGCAGCAGCCCGUCCCAGUCAGCCCGAUGGUGACACCGGUUUCAAGCUUCCUUACCACGUCAGUCUUACUGGUUCAGCCGUUUUACGUCGCUGGAGCUGCGAGUAGCGCUCUAGUAGGUAGCACGAAAGUCGCAACGCCCGCGAUGCGCCCUUUGCAUUGGCUGCCACUCGCAACAUGUAGCAUCGCGUUGGCUCUUGCCGUACUGCUCCCCUGGUCAGCCAUCGCCGGCGACAACGCUAGGCACAUUGCCCUCGUCGUGCUCCUCUUCACCGCCCUGGUCUUCAAUACAGCCUGCCUGGCCAGCCUCUUUGCUCUCCUGCAGUGGUCGCGCUUACGAAGGAAAGGCGUGGCCCGCAGCAUCCAACCUCACGAAGGCGAGGAAAGGAAGUGCCAAAUCUCUACCAGCCUGCCCGACAUCACUGCACCCUCCCUCUCCUUCAAUUCGAUGCUCUUCACACCUCAUCGCUUCCAAGCAGCGCAGGAUGACUUCGAGAUGAUGCUUCAGCAGGCAAGGCGCCCUGAUGUGGCCGUCAAUGAGCCGCCUUCACGUCAGCCCUCAGACUGCACUGCUUCUCAGCACCACACAAUCACAGCCCCUAGCCCUCACUCCUCGUCUGCUCGCACCACACCUUGCCGGGACUUGACACUCGGCGAGACUUCACCAGAGUGCGAUGAUCAGCGCCCGGCUCACGACCCCUUUGGCGUCCUUUGCGCCCUUGAUCUGGCAAGUCGCGCUGGUCGCGAGCUUGAGAGCGAGUCGGCGGCCAAGGGUGCUUCGCUGAGACUCUGCCUCGCCCUCAUAAGCGCCUGGAUCUCUGUGGGGACGGCUGUGCCUUGGCUUCUUCAUCCGCUCGUUGCUGGGCGAAGCAAAGGGCCUACGCCUCUUGCACUUCCUCAGCUCUUCUUCUUUGGCGCGUCUACAUCAGCCCUGCUUCCAGCCUUUUACGCAGUCUACGAGUUGCGCUGCAAAGCUCAAAGCAUGCCCAAAUGUCCUCCACUUCGCCUACGUCGUCGCCCCGCAUCAGUCCCCUACGCGCCAACCCACUGGCACGCUGGCCUCGUCAUCAAAGAUCGCGUCGCCUCAGCGCGCAGCCUCUGGCGUCGAGCAAGCAGCGUAGCUUUUGCGCAUCGACCACGUCUCGAGGUACUGCCUGCUGUAGGAGGAGCAGUCAAUAAAGCAGCCACCUCUGCAAUCAGCCUUGCAAUGGACGUCGCAGGCGGCGCUCAUUCCGUCGUCAACGUCGGAGCAGAUCACUCGGUCCUGCUCAGCUCGCCAGGUCGCGCUCGCCAUUCUGCCACACCGUUUGCUUCUCCUGCACGACUGCCUGGAGCUUACGCCCACCCAGUUGGCGAUUCAUUCACCAUCGGUGCUCGCACCUGUCGUCAAGCGAGGGACUCUCCUGCGGACGUCGCUUUGGCGUCGGACAGCUUCCCAACACUAUCCUUGCCUCACAUCUCUCUGCCCCUUAGCUUGCUCUGCCCUGAGGACGCUCUGCGAGUGCGCGCCAACAAUGGGAGCUGCCGACCUUCUACGGAGCCAGGUGAGACUGAAGGCGAAGAAUUUCACAGCUUCACUAGCGAGGCCAGCGGCGAUGUGAGCCUCGAGAUGCCGACUCUGUUGAGGUCAGACGGCGACCUCGCCGGCGAAGAGGUGCAGGGACUCGAUACCACCGAUGAGCAGACAAUCAUCCACAUCGCUGCGGAGCCUUGGAGUCAGGUACCGCAAAUUGCGCCACAGUCUUCCCUGACUCCUGCAUACGCAGGUCACAAGCCCCCCGGCCCCCCUGCAGACGAGCCACGCUCCUGCUUCUCAUCGCCUACAGCAUCUUCUCUCGAGGUCGAUGGAUCACUGGUCUCCACCUCCCUCUGCUCGCCGCCCUCGCAGAUCAAGAGACGCGGCUCUCCGCCGCCACCGCCCGCCUGCUCUUCUCCCGUGACUCUAAGCGUUCCACGUCGGCCUAUGAGUUGGGUGCAGUCCGCGACAAGUCCGUCAGCGAGGGAGAACGAUGGUCUAGGAGAGCACGCGAGGAGCUCCAGUAUCUCCCUCUCCCCCGGCUCGUUGCUUCGAGCAAGGAAAGGCGAACAGUGUCGCGAGGGACUGCAACCUUCUUUAGCCGGAAUCGCCAACGCUCGAUCGAAGGCAGCAGGGCACGAAGCAUGUGUUCAAGCUGUUGCUCUGCAGAGGGAGCGGACCUGGAGUCCAUCUAGUGGAUCUGCCUCCUCGCCGCAGCACUCGGCGUCCCCUGCCUCUACACCGACUACGAUGCUAUAUGGCUCUCUCGUGGAAAGAUGCCAGUCUCUAGGCAGCACGCUCGGGAUGCGAAAGGUGGCGGGCAUGUCUACUCCUGCCGAAGUUCGAGGACGUCGCAGUCUGAGCUCUGAGCUUGGUCUGCUCACCGCAGUCUCCCCGUCCAAAGGCAACGAUAAGGUUUCGCAAAGCAUUGACAGGCAGGCGCACAGGAUGACAAGCGACAGCCAAAUUACAGCAGGGGACCGUAGCAGCAGCACAUUCUGCAGUAGCACCGAGAUCGUCCUCUCACCCGAUGUGUCUCUCCCCACCUCUUCUCCGGGAGAAGGGCUGACGAGCGCCGCAGCGACCCAAACCGACUUGCCCUCGUGCUCACCUGCAGUUGAGCUGCCCUCACCAUCAUCGGCGCUCAGCCUCAUCACGACGCCGCAUGAGCAGGAGCAGGACGAAAGAGGUGCAGUCCGUCUCGACCUACGUGGGCUCACUCCUCUGCAGCUGCACGCCUACAAAUGGCCGCACGGCAACCUUUCAACCGUGACGGAGCAAAGCGAGGAGGGAGCGGUAACGGCAAGUGACUGGGCUGCAGCUUCGGUUGUCAAUCGCUCUGGCUCAACGGAGGGGUCGCGGUCGCAGGCGAAAGGAGCCAAUCGCGUACUCGCAGUCGCAUGCUCAGCUCAAGGAGAGGGUAACGAUGGUACAAGUAAUCGAUCCAUUGGGUCGAAUUUCAGCGCAAAGGAAAGGUACGACAGGCCUUGCCGAGGUGACACCGUUGCAGUCCCGGCCAAGCACACCAUCAGCCGCAUUCCUCAGACUGUCUCUCCCAUCGCCGUCACUUGCUCGACUCCUCGCCGCGCAGUGGGUCUUGACGGCGAGUACUGGCAAUCGCCUCCUGCGGAGCUAUCGCCCUUCACUUCAGUUCAUCUCUGCGACAGCCAAUCUGGCGGAGAGCCGCUCCGUCGCCACUCUGCCCCGCUUCUCAGCGCGGGAGACCACGCUCCUCCGUCCAGCUUGGUGCGGAUGACCAGCCUCGACUACGGUCUUGCCCCACCUCUUCCUCCCGUAUCACCAGCACCCUCGCUCUCUGACUCCUACGAGCUCCUCCACUCGAUCAUCGCUUCACCUGAGCGCCGCAAAUCCCUGUCCGUCAGCAACACUCCGCCUGCACCCGUACACAGCCAUGCGAGGCGACGCUCGCUGCUCCUGGCCGAGAAGCUUGGCGCUACGCGCAGGCAGAAGAGCGUUUCGGGCUUGCUGGGAAUGAAGAAGCCGGCGCUCGAGAAGGAUACACUCAGUCUUCCGCUUUGCAACAUAGCCGUCCCGGGACAAGAGCGUGACCUCUCGAGGGCGUGCGAGGCAUGCAACCCUCGACUCUUCUACGAUGAUGCGACGCCUCGAGAGGUGCUCCGGCCAGCUCUGCCGCGACCUCUUACAGGCGCAAUCACCCCACUGCCCGAGCAGCCGCUUCAAUCCCUGCGCCUCGCGGAUGACUCAAUGGACCGUCGCAUCGAGGCUAUGGUCGAGGAGCAGUACGGAGGCGAAGAGUAUCAAGACACGGUCGGGGAGCUGCAGUCGCCUGCUGGUCUCGCGACGGCCAUGCAUCCCCUCAACAUCAAGCGCAAGACAAUCACUUUCCCUACCGAUCCUGCAAGCUCUUCGAACCAAGACGCAAGCUCAGCCGACACUACCGUGAUAAGUCCGACGCAGCGAGCUACCAAGAGCAUCUCCCUACCCGCAACGCCGCUCGUUCCCAUCACCCCUGCGCGAACAGAAAACCUACGCGCUCUCGCAUCGCAGGAUGAUGCUCUGCAGGUAGCAAUUGACGCAGCGCUGCGUGGCGGCUGCCCGGCCUCUGCCAGCAAGACAACCUAUCGCAAUGGCCAGUCCAAGGUGACAGCGGCAGUUGGAGACCAAGAGCAAGAUGAGAAUGCCCCUCCAGCUUCGGUCAGGAUCACUGAGCAGCGACCUCAUCGCCCACCACGCCCUCCGCGCCCUUUGAGCAGCCUCAUCAUGAACAAUGCCGCACAUUCUUCCAAUGCUGCCAACGUAGGCAAGGGAACGCCAUUUCGCCCACCUAGGCCAGCCUUCACGCCCAAGACGACGACGCUCGCACAGGUGCGUGCCGAGGCUGCUCCCCGAAGGCCCGCAGGAGCCAACUCGGGUGUAGCGCCCAUGCCGCAACCUCGUCGCCACGUCGUCUCUAUCUCGCCGGAGUGUCUGCGCAGUAAUGGUGGAUGGAUCUAG